GUUGGAUCUUCAUUCACGGGGCGUAGAAUCACAUGCCUUGAAGGCAAAUAAAAAAGUUAAAAAAAAAAAUUGAAAAUUGCGCGUUGAAAAAGGAAGCUUUAAUAUGUGGAAAAUCGGUGGUAUUGUGUUAAUGAUAGUCCUCGCUAGCAGGCCUACAAAUGGACAUGUGGAAGAUCUAUUAUUUGAAAAUGAUGCAGAUCUAGAUUGGCCAGAAAAUGAUAUUUGGAUCGCCCAGCAAAAUAACGAAGAUGAUUCACCAAGAACAUUGCUCGAAAGAUUAUGUGAGCAUUACGAUUUAGCAUAUAAAAAUGAAGUAAUCGAUUGCAAUCAACUCCAAAUCAAUUUAAAACCUUUGAAAAUUGACCAACACAAUCUCAGAAAACGUGAAGCUGACGAAGAGGUAGAAGGUUCAGGAGAAGAGGACAAAGGCGAUGAACAACCAUCACAUCCAAGCGAACAUGAAAUAGAAACGGAAACAGCUCCAAAAGAAACUGAAAAAUCCAAGGAAGAAACCAAAUCCGAACCUGAAAGCAAAGCUGCCGUAGAAAAGACAGAAGCAUCCGAAACACCUAUUCCUGGAGUAGAACCCCUCCAAACGACCGCGGCGAGUGCUGAAAAGGUUCCUGCAGCAGAAGAACCGAAGUCUGAAGAAGCUAAGACCCAAGAAACGGACGUAAAACCCGAUGAAACAAAAUUAGAAGAACCAAAAACCGACAGUCCCGAGGCACAACCAGAGGAAUCAAAAACCGACGGAUCAGAGACUAAACCAGAGGAACCAAAAACUGACGGAUCAGAGACAAAACCAGAGGAACCAAAAACCGACGGAUCAGAGGCAAAACCAGAGGAAGCAAAAACUGAAGGCUCCGUGGCAAAACCAGAAGAACCAAAAACCGACAAAACCGAGGUUAAACCAGGAGAACCAAAAACUGACAUCUCCGAGGCACCACCAGUGGAUCUAAAACCCGAUGAAUUCGAGCCCAAGAAAGAAGUGCCCACAGAACUACUCGAAGUACCAGCCGUGGUAGGAGUUGAAGUAGAGUUAAGCGAAGCUGGAAAAGGUCAGGAGAGCAACGCAAAAAAAGGAAGAAAAUUGACGCAAGAGGACUUGAACAAUCAGCAAAGCGGGAAUGCUUUGGUCAACGCCAAUGGAAACAUGAUUGAUACGGAGACGAAAGUGGGUAGUAUGAAGCCCAAAGAAAGUAUCAAAGUUGCGGCACCCGGCGAAGAACCGAAAUCCGGCGCGGCUAGCGAAGGUGGUAUCAGAAAAAACAACUCGCUGCUGAUCGGUCUUUUCGUAGCGGUCCUGGUCGUCGGCGCCGCGGCCUUCUCCUACAACUUCGUGAAGAAGAGGAGAAGCAAGGCGACAGCGGCCAGAAGCGAACACAACGGAACCAACAGAACGGCCGAUCAGGAAGAAGGUCGCGAGAUGAAGCCGUUGAUGAAGACGGAAGAACAAAAGAAUAACGUCGAGUUUGCUAACGAGAAGUAAAAACUGACGUGUUACGCUUCUUUCACAUUAUCACAAGAAAAUCUGAGUUACUGUUGCAUUGUUGGCUAUCUACUAUUGAGUUUUCAUCUGAUUCGGUGACUGACUGACUUGACCUAAAGCAAAGACAUUCAAUUUAGUUUCAAACGUGUAUCUUAAUGCAGUUAUUGCUAUGUCCUAAUACAAUCAAGGAGCAUUACAAAACAAUUUCUGGUUGUCAUAAAGCAAACCAAAAUUGUGCCACUUUUCGUUUAACUUGUUGAGUUCGGGAUGUGGACUUCUUUUACUCUUUUCACUCCAUAUCUAACUUCACAUCACUGAAUUACAAUCAUUUAGCAUGGACAGAAGUUAGUCAAGGAGUAAAAAGAGUAAUACGAGUACACCUCCCGAACUCAACGACUGACAUUGUCAAAUGUCACUCAUGCAUGUUGAACUGUUAACUGUCAUUAGUCAACAUUGGAUGGAUCCGCCAUCUAUCUGAUAAUGUGAAAGCUGCGUUAGGUUCGAAAACUUCAAGAGACUUGACAAGGGCAGGAUUUAAAAUAGACAAUUUUUUUAGUGUAUUUGAUAGAGAUGACUCUGAAUUGUUUAAAGUAGAUAUGUAAAGAACGCGUACAUGAAAGUUUCCUUGAGAGAAUAACAAUUUUAUUAUUUAAAUUCGAAAUAUGUUAUACCGUUAUUUAUUUGGUACUUUACCUUCCCAUGCUCAAAUUGCAAUAUGUUUAUAACAAAUUACCUUUAUUAUUUAAAUAUAAUUUUUUUU